AUGAUGCUUGAUGAAUUCGUGAUCCUCGUCGUGAAUAAUGAUCAAUCUCAACAAGACGAAUCUUCUCCAAGUUCAGUGAUUUCAAUCUCAGCUUCGGAAAUCGCAUCAUGGGAUUUGUCAGAGAUACUCUGCUACGGAAGUGUGAAAGUUCGAGCUCAUCGAACUAGGCAAGUGCUCAUUCAAGCAUCCUCUUAUUUCCAUGGCCUUCUUAGUGGAAGCUUCAGCGAAGCAGGCCUCGAUCACAUCUCUAUCGAAUGGAAUCAAGAGACUUUCUUGAAUCUGAUGAGGUGUAUAUAUGGUUGCGCCAUUGAUGUUACAUCCAGUAGUUUCUUACCUCUAUUCGACGCUGCACUCUUUUUUGGAGUGGAGAGGCUUAUCUCUAAAUGCAAAAGCUGGCUUUCAAUGUUGGCAUCAUCGAGUGACCCUGCAACACCGCAACUAGAAUUGUCUGACCUUAUUCAGAUGUGGAGUUUCGGUCUCGAGCGUGCUGUAGACUUUCUCCCAGAUCUCUGUGCAGCCUAUCUUGCAAAGAAUCUCAUGUUGGUGAAAUCUGACAAGUAUUUUCGAAAUGUUCCACAUGAGUUGUUGAUGUGUUGCAUUAAGCAUCCUCACCUGACUGUACACAGUGAGAUGCAUCUCGCUGAUGCGCUUCUUGUUUGGCUUGAUGCCGACAAAAGAAUGUUCGACUUGUCAGAGAGUAGUAAGGAUAACAUAAUCAACUUGAUGGAACAGGUCCGUUUUAGUCUUUUGCCAAUGAGGUUUAUUGCAGGAAGAAGCAAGUCUCGUGGUUUCUCAAAGUUUGCUGAUCAAAGCAUUGAAUUGGUUAUUAAACUAAUGAAAAUGUCAUCAAAAUGCUUGGUUGAUAGUCUACAAGAUGGCCCUCCUACUGAUCUUUUAGUUCGGGUGACCGAAUACGCAGAGAGAUUGGACCUCUCAGGAUGCACGCAGCUAAAUGAAGCCAUUCUGCUACUGUCUGUACUUCCAAGCUCAUAUUUCUCAAACCCCAUGUGGAGAGAGAGUUUAAAAAGUUUCCUAACGAACACUGAACUGUUAUCUCAAAAACUUUUACCAAUCUUAUGUUUUGAAACGGUGAAAGAGGUUGAUAUCUCCAAGUGUCAGAGGCUUGAUUAUAAAGUUGCUAUCAAGUGCUUCUCCAAGUCAUUCCCAUCGUUAAGAAAACUGAGAGCAGCUUAUCUCUUGAACAUCAAGGUCUCCACUAUGUUUCAACUUCUCCAGAGUUUUCCCCAUCUUACUGAAGUUGAUUUAACAGUUGAUAUCGUUCCUAUAAUACCGACUCAAGCAUCAGUGUUUUACUCAAGUCCAGGCUUAGCUCAGACUCCACCUAUCAUGUCCUUAACAGCUGGAAGUAAUUCCUUUGAUUCUGGCUUAGGUCAUGGUUCGCUCUCCAAUCUCACAAGACUGACGCUGGAGGGUCGAAGUGAUAUAUGUGAUACGGAUCUAAGGAGCAUCACUAGACUAUGUGAUUUAUCAUUAUGUUACCUGAACAUAAAAGGGUGUGCACUACUCUCAGAUGCAUGUAUAGCAUAUGUUAUACAGAGGUGUAAAAAGUUACGAUCUCUCAUAGUUUGCUAUACCUCCUUUUCGGAGAAUUCAGUUUUGGCACUAUGCGCUAGUAUCUCUAUGAUCAAUGAGCAUGUCGAAUCAAAUUCACUAGCAUCCGAUCUUGAGAUGCUGCACAUGAGUAAAUGCGAGGGAAUUAGUGAGACAUCUCUUCUGAACUUGAUAACUCGGACACAGAAAAUGAAGAGUCUUUGCUUGAGGGAUACAAAAGUUUCAGACAGUGUGCUAUGUGCAUUCUCUGGCUCUUCCUUGGAAGCACUUGAUAUAUCAAAUACCACUAUAUCUAGUAUGGCUCUUGCUCGUGUAAUUAGCAAAAACCCUAAUCUAAAAAGCCUUAAAGCCAGGGGGUGUACAAAUCUGCUUCAAAUACAGAUUGAUGGGAGAACUGACAAUCUCUAUCCGUUGUUUUCUAGCAAGGGAAGUGGAUUUGAGGAGCUUGAGAUUGGUUGGGGAUUUUCUUAUUUCUCUCUUGAGUCUUUGAGACCUUCGGUUUCGUUCCUGCGAGCUAUAAGUGUGGGUUUGGGUGCUUCCUUAGGUGAAGAUGCUUUAAAGCUUCUACCUUUGGUUUGUCCUUUGCUAGAGUCUAUCGUCGUUUGCUUUCAGGAUAUAUCUGAUUCUGCCUUGACCAGUAUCGUGACAUCAUUGAAACACCUACAAGAGCUAGCUUUGUCCUAUUGUUUCGGUGACAUAUCACUUCAGAGUUUCAAGUUCUCUAUGCCGAACCUGAGAAAACUAAGGCUUGAGAGGGUAACUCGCUGGAUGACCAAUGAUGAUUUAUCUGUUCUCACGCAAAGCUGUCCGAACUUGACCGAGCUUUCGUUACUAGGAUGUUUACAGCUAAAUUCAGAUUCUCAACCUAUCAUCUCAGCUGGAUGGCCAGGAAUGAUUUCUCUUCAUCUAGAGGAAUGUGGGAGAAUAACAGAGAAUGGUGUCGCUUCUCUCUACGGCUGCAUUGCUCUUGAGGACCUUUUACUUCGCCACAACGGCUCUGGGAUACAGAAAAGCUUCCUUCUCGAUGCUGCUUUGAAAUUUCCAAUUCUUCGGCUUGUAACUUUGGACAUGUGUGAUGCAAAGGAAGGCAACUUCGAUGUCCAAGAGGAGAAAGAAGAAGGUCGUUUCCUAAGCGUAGUGAAGAUCAGUAGAUGCAAGUCUCAGAGAUGCGCUCUGGGAAGAGAGUUGGCUCCAGUGCAUAGAGAGACGCUCGUUAUGUUUUGGAAUGGCCUAAACUUCACUAAAACUCUGCUCAAACAAAGGCUUUAGUUACCACACUCUACACUUUUAUGUUGGUUUUUGAAUUUGUUGAUGUUUGUUGAUAGAUUUUGUUUUCGUGUUUAAGUCUGAGUGCGGUUUAUAAUUUAAUUCGUGUUUCGGUGUAGUGUUCGUCUUAUCCGAGAUGGUGAGCAAUUAAGAACAAACAAAAAAAGCUGAUUAGAAAUCACUAAAAAAAUGGUCAUUCCAGCUACAAUGUUUAGUCAAGUACAAUAAUAUUACACGAUCGAGAGAGUUGACCUUUAGAAUUUGAGUUUGAUAUUUUCUCAUAAGUUAAUUGAUUUUUGUUUUUAAUUUAAAAAAGAAUGAG